ACCAUGAAGCACCAGUCCAUUUCCCGAUGGCUGAGUCAGCUGGGGCUGCCACAGUACUGCACAGCACUGGAGCAGGAAUAUGAUGGUGUAGAGGAUCUGCUCCACCUCACAGAGUAUGAUCUCUUGGAGCUUGGAGUCCACAAUCACCUCCACCGCCUGCAUCUUCUUACUUCUCUACGUCUCCUUCAAGAGCGAGAGAGGAGGAGAGAGUUGAGGAUGAUGGCAGAGGGGCGUUUUGCCAGUCUGCCCAGGUCUCUGCAAGCACACCACACCCUGGGAGGAGGCACUGCUCACUCUGGAGUACCCAGCAGUGCUCUUGGUCCCCCCAACAACAACACUUGCUCCUCUAGGAGGCUCCAGGGCUCUCUCACAUCCUCCAUGGACCUUCUCAGCUCCAGACCUGGUCUCCAUCCAGGCCAGAGCGGCAGCCUAUCAGAAAAGCCGGCUGCAGCCUACCAGCCAAUCUCCAUUCAUGGAACUCUGCCUCGGCGCAAAAGAGGAGGGGUCAACCUUGCCUCAUAUGGAAACUACACUUGGGACCCCAAAGCCAAUCACACAGAGCCUUUAAUUUACGAGAACGCUUUAUUGACUUCUGGGCGCAUCCAUCAGCCAGUGACCUCUUCACUGGUCCAGAACAUCACUGAUGACUUCCAUGGUUACAGGGAGCCUGCUGCCGGGCCGGACGCCACCGUGGACUACGUUAAGUUCUCCAGAGAUCAGUUCAUCCUGGACUGUCCUUCAGAGAAACUUCGCAAGGAGCUCGAGGAAGAACUGAAGAUGGACUGCGAAGAGCCAAGAAGUCAUGCGUGGUACCACGGAGCGAUUCCCAGACAGGUUGCAGAAAACUUGGUGGAGCGUGAUGGAGACUUCCUGGUCCGUGAUUCGCUGUCCUUACCAGGAAGUUACGUUCUUACAUGCCAAUGGCGAAACACUGCUCAGCACUUUAAAAUCAACAAGAAGGUAGUGAUGCUGAAUGAAGCUUACUCCAGAGUUGAGUACCGCCUAGACAGAGAAGGGUUCGACAGCAUCCCUGCACUUAUUAGAUACUACGUUGGCAACAGAAAGCCUGUCUCACAGGUGGUAGGGGCCAUCAUCUUCCAGCCAAUCAACCGAGGGCUGCCGCUGCGCUGCUUAGAGGAAAAGUACGGACUGUCGAGCAGUCAUCGGGAGAAGCUGAUGUCACUGGAGAGGCGGAACCAGAAACGCCUCAGCCUCAAUAUUACCAACGGACACACAUACGACAACACGCAGGCCAUGCACGACAGCACACACUGCCAGGACAACGGCAUCGCCCGAGGCAGCCAGCUCAGGUUAAAGGAUCGCUGUGGCAGCCAACCAGCAAGUCUCAAUCAAGUCCAGGAGCGGCGACACCCACUCAAGGCGCACCAAUCAGAAAGCUUCCUGCCUCUUGGAUCCAAACCGCAGCCCCUGCAGACACCUGACUCACUCCUUGCCAACUCGAACCCCAAGUCGCCGGUGUUUCGCACAGGCAGUGAGCCGCUGCUGAGCCCCUCUAUGCCACGGAGAUCAGCAGAACCUCUAGCAGGGCAGGCGAUUCGGGGCUCUGACAGCCAGCUGUGUCCUAAACCGCCUCCCAAACCCAGCAAGUUGCCUCUGGCUAGGCGGCCUCGCUCCCCCUGCCUCCAGGCUAGAAUUCCCACCUCUACCUCCUCAAACAUCGCAGACUCCUCCCGCACUUCUCCCAGCCUGGCUGCACCUCCUCUGGAGUCUGCAUGUGCAGAAACCCCUGAUUCUUCCUGGGGUACUGGAGCCAUUGCAGGUCCUCCUGUUCCUCCAGUGAAGCCCCUGAAAUUCCAACAUCUGCGCCUCCCUGCAGACUCUCACUGCUCCUCCAGUUCUGUAGUUUUACCUGCUGAAGCUGUUAAGUGUCCAGAUUCAGAGGCAAUAACAGUACAGGGUGAAAGGUUGCAGCCUAGCCUUGCAGACCUGAAGUCCUGCAGUCCUCUAGAGUGGGAGACACUGGACUUACCUGACCCUAUCACAGGUCACAGCCGUGAAGCUCAGCCAACACUCUGCAGCUAUGUGGAGAGACUGAAGAGAGAAGGAGUGACAGGGAGAGAAGAUGACACGGGGGAGAAGGAGGUGGCAGGAGACAGAGGGCUGGACAGAAGCUCCUACCAUCAUGCCAUUGCAGCCUUGGAGAACACCAGUGAAGAAGAGGAGGAAGAGGCAGAGAAAGAGGAGGAGAAAGAUAAAAGGAGGGAAAAAGAGAGGAGUAGUUUUCAGCGUCCUAUCAUAGAGACGGAGUCUACGUUCAGACCAGCGGAGUUCGGCUCUCGACUUCUGCCUCCAGAAAACAAACCCCUGGAGAUGGUGGUUCUGAAGAGAGCAAAGGAGCUGGUGCUCAGCCACAACCACCACAGCAUAGCCAGACACCUGCUGAUGGCCGACUGCAAGGUUGCCAGGAUACUGGGGGUGACUCCAGAGCUUAAAGGUCAGAUGGGCGUGUCCUCCGGUCUGGAGCUGGUUACGCUGCCACACGGUCGACGGCUCAGGCUGGACCUGAUGGAAAGGCACCACACCAUGGCAAUAGGUGUUGCUGUGGAUAUUCUGGGAUGUACAGGCAGUGUGGAGGAGCGGGCUUCCACUUUAAAUCGUAUCAUCCUGGUUGCUAUGGAGCUGAAGGACACAGUCGGUGACCUGUUUGCUUUCACAGCUCUGAUGAAAGCUCUGGACCUGCCUCAGAUCAGCCGUUUGGAAGAAACAUGGACGACUCUACGAAGGAACUUCACACAGACCGCUAUCAGCUACGAGAAAACACUCAAACCUUUCUACAAGAGUCUGUAUGAAGGCACAGUCUCCUCUCCUCCAGUGGUCUGUGUCCCCCUCCUCCUGCCUCUCCUCACUUUGAUGGAGCGUCCAUCGAUUGCACCUGAGGGGGUGGAGCUCUGGGAGACCAGUGACCAGGGCUGUGACAUCAUGCUGCGCCACCUGGAGGCUGCACGCGAUGUCGCGCACAAUGCACAGAGCUACACUGCCAAUGCACAGAAGAUCUUACAAGGGUUUCAGUGCGAUGAAGACCUGCUCGAAGUGUUUAAGACGGACUUUCAGCUGCGGCUGCUCUGGGGAAGCCGCGGAGCUGCAGUCAACCAAUCAGAUCGCUACAACAAAUUCAACCUCAUCCUCACUGCGUUGUCACGGAAGCUGGAGCCUCCGUCUACCACUCAAACCAUAAUCUGACUUCUUCCAAACAAAUCCACACAACACAGUUUGGACGCAGCAGAACGGAGCAAAGCAACGUCCCAGAAAAAGACAGGAAGUGAUCGGAGAGCGAAUCAGAAUGCAUUGCGGGAUCAGACGUGAUCUGCUGCAGCUGUACUCACUGACUGAUAAGGAGGAACUCAAAACACUGAAAAACUGGGACAGGAAUGGCUGCUGAAGGCGCCCAGCGGCACUACAGGGGGAAAGUUCACCUUUAUGUAUAUGUCCUCUGAUGCAAUGUGAACCACAGCCAGGCUCAUUUUAUCCAUGUAAUGCUUCCCCAGAUGUCCAGUCAGGUCAGCUUUAAUUAUGCAGCCCAAUAUAGCAAAUCCCAAGUUUGCCUGAUGGGUUCAGUCAAAUAAAACACUGGAAAGCUACAAAAACAUCACUACUGUCACAACACACAAGACUAAAAAGUGAUGGCACCAUCUCAAACAUGUUUGAGUGUUUUUACAUUUUUUAAUAAGGCAUACUCAAAAUCUCUAGAUUGUUGAAUCCCACUGAGCUCUGAAGGCAAGAGGGGGGUCCAACCUGGUGCUAGCACGUGUGUUCUUCCAUUUAUCUAAUUCAGAGUCACGGGGAGCCUAUCCCAGCUGUCAUACGGAUUUGAACACACUAAUGCAGUGUGAGUGAUGUAGAGCUGUGUGUGACAAAAGUACACGCUGUUUUGAUGAGCAAGAAGUACAGCAACACAGUAACAACUAUUUUUAGUAGUGAAGCUUUUUUUUAAAAAAAUCAUCAGGGUGUAACAACAGGGAGGAACAAGAAAGCAGUGGUGCACCUGUGAGCCUUUCUGUGUGGAGUUUGCAUGUUCUCCCUGUGCCAGUGUGGGUUUCCUUACAGUCCCCAACAAACACAUACUUUAGGUGAACUAGUCUUUCUCAACUGACUGUAAGUGUGGUUGUCUUCUCUGUGUUAGCCCUGUUCAGGGUCUACUCCUCUAACAUUUAAAAUGCUUUCAUUCUUGUUUGCAGUCAAUGUGUUUUUUUUUUUUUCUUCAAGCCCAAAAUCAAAUUCUGGGUCAUUGCUGCAGCAGCUGUGUUUUAGCCUUUGUCUGCAGUGCUCUCUUUGAGAUGGCUGCGUGUGUUUUUCUGUCAGAUGACAUUACUCGAUGUCAUCGGUGUAUAGUAGCAGGUUGAAGUGUCACAACAGCCGUGACUCCUGAAUGCAUGAUAAAGAAAAAGGAUGGAUAUGAUGGACAAGUGCUGCAUUUGUGUCAUAAUUGCUUUAUUGGGCAUUCAGCUGUUUUAAAAUGAAGCAGAAGAGUGAUAAUGUUGGCCUCAUUAGCUUUGCACUGUGCUAACACUAAACAGGGAUGCUCCUGCUAUUGUGGAGCUGGCUUUAUAUGGAUUUAGUCAAGUCAGAGAGCGUGCCAAACUAGCCUGUAGGUUGGCAUUAUGCUGUAUGUAGUAACACUGAUAUGUAACAGAAGUAAAAGCCAGGACCACAAACAGGCAUUUACAGCAGUUAAACAAACUGUCUGGCAUGGCCUUUGUAACUUUUCAAACCUAAAUAACACACUGAUAUAUAUGGGAAAAACUAAAGUAUAAUAAGGGCACUUUAAAUCUGUGUGGCUAUUUGGUCCAAACACCCCUCAGCUGGCUACAAGAGACAAAUAUUUAAGAUGAGCAGUUCUUUCAGUCAGCAGAUGACAGAAGGAACCCACAGUUAGUCAUUUUUACCAGCUUCACAUAGUAGCAGAAAGCUAUGAUCCAAACUGUGUGCACCUGUGAAAUGUGGCACAGGUCUGCUUUUGUGUGUUUGUACAGACACACACACACACACACAAACAGAAAUGAUGGAACUAUGUUAAUAAUUGAGAUGUUAAAGCUGUACAUAUUUAAAGCAUGUUAAUAAUAGACUGUAAAUACUUUCUGUAGAAGACUGUAAAAAAAAAAAGAAAAAGAAAAAAAAGCAAGAUCCUGAUGAAUUUUAAUGUUUAUAUUAUUAUGAACUGUGGUAAGAUGAAAUAAACAUCGUGAGCAUGAUCUGGAGAACAUGUGCACCGUCAUUGUACUAAAAUCUGCUUCUUUUAUUUCCACAAACUUCCACUGAAACAACUUCUUUUCAAUGCUGCUUAUUUUAUUAGAACAAUAUUCUGAAAGAAGAAAAAGCAUUUUGUUCAAAGUGUCCAACGACAUUCAAAGUAAAAAGAUGUGCACAACAAUACAGAAAAGAAGUACUGCAAUUGGUUACAACAUGGUAAAAAAAAAAAACAGAUUUACAUGUUAACAUCCUGCUAAGACACUUUGUACCCGCUGUUCUUGCAUUUUUUUUCUGAUUUAAAUAAAAGGGUUAAACAGC